CUGCAACUCCCAUGAUGCUUUGCCAGCUGCAGGUGAGCUGCUCAAAACCUGUUAAUUUCUCAGUCCAGAGAAGGAGAGCUCGAGAUAAACCUGCAUAGUUUGGAGAUUAAAUCAACAAUGUCAGAACUCUUCUGAUUGGCUGAAAGUCUAGCUUCAACCCUCCUCAUGGACGGUGUAUUCACCUGCAGAGAAUCUUUUAUCCUGUGUAUCGAGAGUGAAUACAUCACAAUGUAACAAGCCGGACUUGGAUCUGCUCCAAUUCAGGUCAGAUAUUCCACCACCGCGUCUUAUGUCAAGAAUAGUCAAAUCUCCAAAGUGUGUGCUGCAAUCUUUAUUACCAGUUCUUAAUGGGUUGUAGGUAGUAGAUACCUGGAAUAUCCUUCCAGUGAGAGCAUUAAGAAAGGGUAGUAGAUACCUGGAAUUGCCUUCCAGUGGGAGCAGUAACAGUGAUAUAGAAAGGGUAGAAGGUACCUGGAAUAGCCUUCCAGUGGGAGCAGUAACAGUGAUAUAGAAAGGGUAGUAGAUACAUGGUAUAGCCUUCCAGUGGGAGCAGUAACCGUGAUAUAGAAAGGGCAGUAGAUACCUGGAAUAUCCUUCCAGUGAGAGCAUUAAGAAAGGUUAGUAGAUACCUGGAAUAGCCUUCCAGUGGGAGCAGUAACAGUGAUAUAGAAAGGGUAGUAGAUUCCUGAAAUAGCCUUCCAGUGGGAGCAGUAACAGUGAUAUAGAAAGGGUAGUAGAUACCUGGAAUAGCCUUCCAGUGGGAGCAGUAACAGUGAUAUAGAAAGGGUAGUAGAUACCAGGAAUUGCCUUCCAGUGGAAGCAGUAACAGUGAUAUAGAAAGGGUAGUAGAUAGCCUUACAGUGGGAGAAGUAACCGUGAUUUAGAAAGGUUAGUAGAUACCUGGAAUAGCCUUCCAGUGGGAGCAGUAACAGUGAUAUAGAAAGGGUAGUAGAUUCCUGAAAUAGCCUUCCAGUGGGAGCAGUAACAGUGAUAUAGAAAGGGUAGUAGAUUCCUGAAAUAGCCUUCCAGUGGAUGCAGUAACAGUGAUAUAGAAAGGGUAGUAGAUACCAGGAAUUGCCUUCCAGUGGGAGCAGUAACAGUGAUAUAGAAAGGGUAGUAGAUACCAGGAAUUGCCUUCCAGUGGAAGCAGUAACAGUGAUAUAGAAAGGGUAGUAGAUAGCCUUCCAGUGGGAGAAGUAACCGUGAUUUAGAAAGGUUAGUAGAUACCUGGAAUAGCCUUCCAGUGGGAGAAGUAACCGUGAUUUAGAAAGGUUAGUAGAUACCUGGAAUAGCCUUCCAGUGGGAGCAGUAACAGUGAUAUAGAAAGGGUAGUAGAUACCUGGAAUAGCCUUCCAGUGGGAGCGGUAACAGUGAUAUAGAAAGGGUAGUAGAUUCCUGAAAUAGCCUUCCAGUGGGAGCGGUAACAGUGAUACAGAAAGGGUAGUAGAUACCUGGAAUAGCCUUCCUGUGGGAUCAGUAACAGUGAUACAGAAAGGGUAGUAGAUACCUGGAAUAGCCUUCCAGUGGGAGCAGUAACAGUGAUAGAGAAAGGGUAGCAGAUACCUGGAAUAGCCUUCCAGUGGGAGCAGUAACAGUGAUAUAGAAAGGGUAGCAGAUACCUGGAAUAGCCUUCCAGUGGGAGCAGUAACAGUGAUAUAGAAAGGGUAGUAGAUACCUGGAAUAGCCUUCCAGUGGGAGCAGUAACAGUGAUAUAGAAAGGGUAGUAGAUACCUGGAAGAGCCUUCCAGUGGGAGCAGUAACAGUGAUAUAGAAAGGGUAGCAGAUACCUGGAAUAGCCUUCCAGUGGGAGCAGUAACAGUGAUAUAGAAAGGGUAGUAGAUUCCUGAAAUAGCCUUCCAGUGGGAGCAGUAACAGUGAUAUAGAAAGGGUAGUAGAUUCCUGAAAUAGCCUUCCAGUGGAUGCAGUAACAGUGAUAUAGAAAGGGUAGUAGAUACCAGGAAUUGCCUUCCAGUGGGAGCAGUAACAGUGAUAUAGAAAGGGUAGUAGAUACCAGGAAUAGCCUUCCAGUGGGAGCAGUAACAGUGAUAUAGAAAGGGUAGUAGAUACCUGGAAUAGCCUUCCAGUGGGAGAAGUAACAGUGAUAUAGAAAGGGUAGUAGAUACCUGGAAUAGCCUUCCAGUGGGAGCGGUAACAGUGAUAUAGAAAGGGUAGUAGAUACCUGGAAUAGCCUUCCAGUGGGAGCAGUAACAGUGAUAUAGAAAGGGUAGUAGAUACCUGGAAUAGCCUUCCAGAGAGAGCAGUAUCAGUGAUAUAGAAAGGGUAGUAGAUACCUGGAAUAGCCUUCCAGAGGGAGCAACAGUGAUACAGAAAGGGUAGUAGAUACCUGGAAUAGCCUUCCAUUGGGAGCGGUAACAGUGAUAUAGAAAGGGUAGUAGAUACCUGGAAUAGCCUUCCAGUGGGAGCAGUAACAGUGAUAUAGAAAGGGUAGUAGAUACCUGGAAUAGCCUUCCAGUGGAAGCAGUAAGGUUAAUAGUAAUAUAGGGUAGUAGAUAGUCUUCCAGUGGGAGCAGUAACAGUGAUAUAGAAAGGGUAGUAGAUGCCUGGAAUAGCCUUCCAGUGGGAGCAGUAACCGUGAUAUAGAAAGGUAGUAGAUACCUGGAAUAGCCUUCCAGUGGGAGCAGUAACAGUGAUAUAGAAAGGGUAGUAGAUACCUGGAAUAGCCUUCCAGUGGGAGCAGUAACAGUGAUAUAGAAAGGGUAGUGGAUACCUGGAAUAGCCUUCCAGUGGGAGCAGUGAUAUAGAAAGGGUGGUAGAUACCUGGAAUAGCCUUCCAGUGGGAGCAGUAACAGUGAUAUAGAAAGGGUAGUAGAUACCUGGAAUAGCCUUCCAGUGGGAGCAGUAACAGUGAUAUAGAAAGGGUAGUAGAUACCAGGAAUAGCCUUCCAGUGGGAGCAGUAACAGUGAUAUAGAAAGGGUAGUAGAUACCUAGGAAUAGCCUUCCAGUGGGAGCAGUAACAGUGAUAUAGAAAGGUUAGUAGAUACCUGGAAUAGCCUUCCAGUGGGAGCAGUAACAGUGAUAUAGAAAGGUUAGUAGAUACCUGGAAUAGCCUUCCAGUGGGAGCAGUAACAGUGAUAUAGAAAGGGUAGUAGAUACCUGGAAUAGCCUUCCAGUGGGAGCAGUAACAGUGAUAUAGAAAGGGUAGUAGAUACCUGGAAUAGCCUUCCAGUGGGAGCAGUAACAGUGAUACAGAAAGGGUAGUAGAUACCUGGAAUAGCCUUCCAGUGGGAUCAGUAACAGUGAUACAGAAAGGGUAGUAGAUACCUGGAAUAGCCUUCCAGUGGGAGCAGUAACAGUGAUAGAGAAAGGGUAGCAGAUACCUGGAAUAGCCUUCCAGUGGGAGCAGUAACAGUGAUAUAGAAAGGGUAGCAGAUACCUGGAAUAGCCUUCCAGUGGGAGCAGUAACAGUGAUAUAGAAAGGGUAGUAGAUACCUGGAAUAGCCUUCCAGUGGGAGCAGUAACAGUGAUAUAGAAAGGGUAGUAGAUACCUGGAAGAGCCUUCCAGUGGGAGCAGUAACAGUGAUAUAGAAAGGGUAGCAGAUACCUGGAAUAGCCUUCCAGUGGGAGCAGUAACAGUGAUAUAGAAAGGGUAGUAGAUUCCUGAAAUAGCCUUCCAGUGGGAGCAGUAACAGUGAUAUAGAAAGGGUAGUAGAUACCUGGACUAGCCUUCCAGUGGGAGCAUUAAAUCGGUUGGCACAUUGUUUGGCAUACACACCCACAAAGGGUUUAUUCACUAAACACUGAAUUGUCAUGAAUGAAAACUGAACACUGUGGAAAUCUAUUCACAAACCGGACUUUACAUAGGACACGAGGUCAUGCGUUUAGACUGGAAGAAAGAAGAUUUCGUCUAAGGCAAAGGAAAGGUUUUUUUACUGUAAGAACAAUCAGGAUGUGGAAUUCUCUGCCUGAGGAAGUGGUUUUAUCAGAGUCCAUACAGAUGUUCAAACGGCUACUAGAUGCAUACUAGCAAAAACAGAAUAUUCAAGGAUAUAAUCUUUCAAUGUAAUAACUGCUUGAUCCAAGGAUAAAUCUGACUGCCAUUCUGGGGUCAAGAAGGAAUUUUUUUUCCUAGCUUGUUGCAAAAUUGUGCUUCAAACUGGGUUUUUUUGCCUUAUUUUGGAUCAACAGCAAAAAACAAAUGUGAGGAAGGCUGAACUUGAUGGACGCAAGUCUCUUUCCAGCUAUGUAACUAUGUAACUAUGUAACAGUCAAACUGUGAAAAUAGCUGAGUUUGAGACUUUUUUUUUUUUUAAAUCAAAUAUAUUUGCUUAAGUUUCGGUUAUAUUUGGUUUUUGGGGAAGAACUGAUUUGCAGCUUCUCAGAAUAAGGAACCAGAUAUUGGAAUAUAUUCAGCACAAGAUCCUUAAAACACAGAAUUUACCAUGAUUGUUAGUGGUCAAAGAGAAAGUGACUGGGAGUUUUAUUACUGUGGAGCUCUGUGAUACCAUCAUACACCCUGCACAUUACUGUGAGUUUUAUUGCUGUGGAGCUCUGUGAUACACUCAUACACACUGCACAUUACUGUGAGUUUUAUCGCUGUGGAGCUCUGUGAUACACUCAUACACAUAAAACAUUUUGACGGUCAGAAAGACAUUUGACUUGAUUUUAGAUCCUGUUUGUCUAAUUAACUGUUUAUUAUAAUUAUUUUAUUAUCAAGAAUCUGAAGAUCCAAUUAUUCUGAUUGACAUGGAGUACAGCAGGAAAUGAGUUCAGUAAUAUAGAGUUUGAAAAACAUGCUUUCUGGAUAGUUAUAAUUCAAUAAUUAUUCAGUGUGUAUAACAGAGCUCCACAGCAAUAAUACUCCCAGUAAUGUGUCUGAGUGUAUAACAGAGCUCCACAGCAAUAAUACUCCCAGUAAUGUGUCUGAGUGUAUAACAGAGCUCCACAGCAAUAAUACUCCCAGUAAUGUGUCUGAUUGUAUAACAGAGCUCCACAGCAAUAAUACUCCCAGUAAUGUGUCUGAGUGUAUAACAGAGCUCCACAGCAAUAAUACUCCCAGUAACGUGACUGAGUGUAUAACAGAGCUCCACAGUAAUAAUACUCCCAGUAAUGUGUCUGAGUGUAUAACAGAGCUCCACAGCAAUAAUACUCCCAGUAAUGUGUCUGAGUGUAUAACAGAGCUCCACAGCAAUAAUACUCCCAGUAAUGUGUCUGAGUGUAUAACAGAGCUCCACAGCAAUAAUACUCCCAGUAAUGUGUCUGAGUGUAUAACAGAGCUCCACAGCAAUAAUACUCCCAGUAAGUGUCUGAGUGUAUAACAGAGCUCCACAGCAAUAAUACUCCCAGUAAUGUGUCUGAGUGUAUAACAGAGCUCCACAGCAUAAUACUCCCAGUAAUGUGACUGAAUGUAUAACAGAGCUCCACAGCAAUAAUACUCCCAGUAAUGUGUCUGAGUGUAUAACAGAGCUCCACAGCAAUAAUACUCCCAGUAAUGUGUCUGAGUGUAUAACAGAGCUCCACAGCAAUAAUACUCCCAGUAAUGUGUCUGAGUGUAUAACAGAGCUCCACAGCAAUAAUACUCCCAGUAAUGUGUCUAGGUGUAUAACAGAGCUCCACAGCAAUAAUACUCCCAGUAAUGUGUCUGAGUGUAUAACAGAGCUCCACAGCUAUAAUACUCCCAAUAAUGUGACUGAGCGUAUAACAGAGCUCCACAGCUAUAAUACUCUCAGUAAUGUGUCUGAGCGUAUAACAGAGCUCCACAGCUAUAAUACUCCCAGUAAUGUGUCUGAGCGUAUAACAGAGCUCCACAGCAAUAAUACUCCCAGUAAUGUGUCUGAGUGUAUAACAGAGCUCCACAGCAAUAAUACUCCCAGUAAUGUGUCUGAGUGUAUAACAGAGCUCCACAACAAUAAUACUCCCAGUAAUGUGUCUGAGUGUAUAACAGAGCUCCACAGCAAUAAUACUCACAGUAAUGUGUCUGAGUGUAUAACAGAGCUCAACAGCCAUAAUACUCCCAGUAAUGUGACUCAACGUAUAACAGAGCUCCACGGCAAUAAUACUCCCAGUAAUGUGUCUGAGUGUAUAACAGAGCUCCACAGCAAUAAUACUCCCAGUAUUGUGUCUGAGUGUAUAACAGAGCUCCACAGCAAUAAUACUCCCAGUAAUGUGUCUGAGUGUAUAACAGAGCUCCACAGCAAUAAUACUCCCAGUAAUGUGUCUGAGUGUAUAACAGAGCUCCACAGCAAUAAUACUCCCAGUAAUGUGUCUGAGUGUAUAACAGAGCUCCACAGCAAUAAUACUCCCAGUAAUGUGUCUGAGUGUAUAACAGAGCUCCACAGCAAUAAUACUCCCAGUAAUGUGUCUGAGUGUAUAACAGAGCUCCACAGCAAUAAUACUCCCAGUAAUGUGUCUGAGUGUAUAACAGAGCUCCACGGCAAUAAUACUCCCAGUAAUGUGUCUGGGUGUAUAACAGAGCUCCACAGCAAUAAUACUCCCGGUAAUGUGUCUGAUGUAUAACAGAGCUCCACAGUAAUAAUACUCCCAGUAAUGUGUCUGUGUAUCACAGGGCUCCACAGCAAUAAUACUCCCAGUAAUGUGUCUGAGUGUAUAACAGAGCUCCACGGCAAUAAUACUCCCAGUAAUGUGUCUGGGUGUAUAACAGAGCUCCACAGCAAUAAUACUCCCGGUAAUGUGUAUUUAAACUACAAUAAAUGUGUUUAGAAAUCAGUCUGUGUAAAUACGAUACACUGUUCUCAUUCUGUUACAUUUUAGUUCUAUAAAUUGUUAUUAGUAAGCUAGAAUAGCCCCGCCCCUUGCCACACCCCUAAAUUUAGAGUGUUCCCCUUUGUCCAUGUGAAAUGUUGGAGGUCUGAUAUGACUGGCUAUUUUAGUCUCAUUUCUGAAAUUGAGAUUUAUUUCUAUAAUGGAUUUUCUAAAACGUUCUCUUUCAUUUUAGCAUUAUGGAUCAUCCUCUGGACCCACACAGAGACUCUGGCUUCCAGGAAGACAGAUGCGGCCUGACGCAAGGUCCUGCUUUCUCAGGGGCAUCAUGUCCGGUCUGUGUGGAUGAGCCUAUAGAUAAAGAGAGUGAUGACCUUUCACUUGCUGGUCAACUGGCUUUUGAUCCUCUACGGGUUCCAGUGGGGGAUGGCAAGAUACAACUUCCUAGUGGUCUAAUAACGGAACGGAACAAGGAUCCUUCAUAUGACCCAUAUGUCGUGGACAUAACUGGAGGAGAAACUGUAAUGUAUGGACAGAAAGAUGCCGCACUAGCUGCCUCCGGUGUCCACCCUGAUCUUUCCCUGUUGUCCAAGGCCACAGAUCAGAAAGGUGGAUCUUCACCGAUAUCUUCACCGGAGCCACUGAAAGCUGUGGUGUUGGCGGGGAACGUUGGCAAUGCUGAGGAUGGCUCCUUGAUACCAUUGCUGGCACGGAGUGAGUCAAGGCAGGAGUGCCCGAUCUGCACAGAGUUUUAUGACGCCCAUGAACACCAGCGAGCAGAGCUUCACUGCAACCAUUUAAUCUGUGACAGUUGCGUCUCCAGCAUAAUGACCCUGACCGGCCAUGGGAAUGUUGGACGGAUUUCGUGUCCCAUUUGCCGGCAGCAGACUCCAAUGCUGAAGUUUGAGGUUCGUAGGAUGCAGGAACAAAUGAUGGAAAAUAUUGCUCGAUGCAAUGAGUCCGUUCGUGUUGAACUUGAUGUACCGACUCGGACGCCCGGACUGUGCAGCGCUUUGGAAUACCGAUUCCAGACUCGCUUCCGCAACAAUCCACGGUUUAUUUUCCCUCCCUGUUUUAGAUAUUCUCAAGGAUUUAUCGAAUUUACAUUCAGAUUAAAACAACGCUCUCCAUGUGCAUACCGGACACUAUUGUUUGUGCUAUUAAUUGCAGAAUUUGCCAGUUUUUUUAUAAUCUUCCUACCUAUUAUAAUCUUAGCUUUAUUAAUUAUAUUUCUUAAGUAGAUAGGAAAGUAGAUUUUUUGAUUUUAUAUUGAUAAUAGUUACUCCCUUUUGGAAUUCCGACAGAUAAUCACAUUUCAUAGAAACGCGGGGUACAGCCUCACCAGUGUCUUGAGGGUCAUUUUACUGAAAAACAUUUUAAGGGCUUUAUUUGCUAAAUAGUGAGUUAAUGGCAGGUGCUGCUGGCAUAGAACUUUUAUUUAAAAUGUAUUUUACUAUAAAUUAAGUAAUGCUCGGUAAUUCGCUGUUCAGUGAAUCAACCCCUUACCAAUCUCCAUGACAGAAGAACUAUUAAAUCUCUUUCAUACCAAGAGACCAGUAGUUGAGUUUUAUU